AUGGCUGCGAAGCUGCUGCGAGCGCAUCAGGUGGACGUGGACCCGGACUUCGCGCCGCAAAGCCGGCCGCGCUCGUGUACCUGGCCCCUGCCGCAGCCCGACCUGCUCGGCGGCGACGAAGACGGGGCGCUGGGCUCGGGGGCGGCCGAGGGCGCCGAGGACUGCGGGCUGGAGCGCCGGGCGGCGGCCCCGGCCAUGGCCCCAGCGCCGCCCCUGGGAGCGGAGGUCGGCCCGCUGCGCAAAGCCAAGAGCUCCCGGCGGAACGCGUGGGGGAACCUGUCGUACGCCGACCUCAUCACCAAAGCCAUCGAGAGCGCCCCGGACAAGCGGCUCACACUCUCGCAGAUCUACGACUGGAUGGUCCGUUACGUGCCCUACUUCAAGGAUAAAGGCGACAGCAACAGCUCGGCCGGCUGGAAGAACUCCAUCCGGCACAACCUGUCGCUGCACACCCGCUUCAUCCGCGUGCAGAACGAAGGCACGGGCAAGAGCUCCUGGUGGAUGCUGAACCCCGAGGGCGGGAAGACCGGCAAGACGCCGCGGCGCCGGGCCGUGUCCAUGGACAACGGGGCCAAGUUCCUGCGCAUCAAGGGCAAGGCCAGCAAGAAGAAGCAGCUGCAGGCCCCCGAGCGGAGCCCCGACGACCGCUCCCCGGGCGCGCCGGCCCCGGGGCCCGUGCCCGCCGCGGCCAAGUGGGCCACCAGCCCGGCCUCGCACGCCAGCGACGACUACGAGGCGUGGGCCGACUUCCGCAGCGGCGGCGGGCGGCCCCUGCUCGGGGAGGCGGCCGAACUGGAGGACGACGAGGCCCUGGAGGCCCUGACGCCGUCGUCGCCGCUCAUGUACCCGAGCCCCGCGAGCGCGCUGUCGCCCGCGCUGGGGGCGCGCUGCCCCGGGGAGCUGCCCCGCCUGGCGGAGCUGGGGGGCCGCAUGGGCCUGCACGGCGGCGGCGGCGCGGGGAUGGCCGAGGCCCUGCUGGACGGCGCGCAGGACGCGUUCGGGCCGCCGCGGGCCCGCGCCGCCGGGACGCCCGCCUACUUCGGCAGCUGCAAGGGCGGCGCCUACGGCGGGGGCGGGGGCUUCGGGCCGCCGGUGCUGGGCGCGCUGCGGCGCCUGCCCAUGCAGACCAUCCAGGAGAAUAAGCAGGCCAGCUUCGCGCCCGCCGCCCCGCCCUUCCGCCCGGGGGCGCUGCCCCCGCCGCUGCUGCCGCCGCCGCCGCCGCCCGCGCCCCGCCCCGGCCCGGUGCUGGGCGCGCCCGGGGAGCUGGCGCUGGCGGGCGCGGCCGCCGCCGCCUACCCCGGCAAGGGCGCGGCCCCCUACGCGCCGCCGGUGCCCUCGCGCAGUGCCUUAGCCCACCCCAUCAGCCUUAUGACGCAGCCCGGCGAGGCGGGCGCCGCGGGCCUGGCGCCCCCGGGCCACGCGGCCGCCUUCGGGGGCCCGCCCGGCGGCCUCCUGCUGGAGGCGCUGCCCGGGCCGUACGCCGCGGCCGCCGGGCCCCUGGGGGCCGCGCCACCGGACCGCUUCCCGGCCGACCUGGACCUCGACAUGUUCAGCGGCAGCCUGGAGUGCGACGUCGAGUCCAUCAUCCUCAACGACUUUAUGGACAGCGACGAGAUGGACUUCAACUUCGACUCGGCGCUGCCCCCGCCGCCGCCCGGCCUGGCCGGGGCCCCGCCCCCCAACCAGAGCUGGGUGCCGGGCUGA